AUGGAUCUUAAAGAAGUGCACUUAACUGCUAAUUCUCUACACAGAAUGCUGCUGACUUUCAGUGAGCAGACCAAAGGUAAAAAAUUUCCGGAGAAUGCUUCAGACCAGGAAAUGCUUGAAAUAGUUAUGGGCAGAGUGGUGGGUGCCCACAAACGGCCAUUCCUGGCUUGGCUCCGAGAAAGAACUGUUGCCAGACAUUCAUCGCAUGGUGCAAUGGUGAAAGCUGUGCUCUUCAAGAAUGGAAAACCCAGGUAUGAGAAGGAACUUAUGCAUCCAAUUCAGAAUCUUGUUGGGGGUGAGCUUGUUCGUGCUUUUCUUAUCCAGUGGGGUCCAGUUCUGACAUGUGACAAUGAGAUGUUGCCAUGGCAGGUUCAAAAGCUAAAAUUGGAUAUUGAGACGGCAAUGCUUGAGCUGGACCAGAUACUUAGGGCAAACGAAAUCAACUUUGCCAUUCUAGCUGCUUUACCAGCUUUCUUUCUCUCCCUUAUUUUGCUCAUGCUAGUGCGUGCAUGGAUUAAACGGGAUACUAGAGCAGAAGGUAGGGGAAGGAUUGCUCGACUCCAACGAAGGUUACUAAUAGUGGAGGUUGAGAAGAGCAUUAUGCAGUUUCAAAUUUACAUUGAUCAAGGACUGGAAAAAGAUACUCAAAGCAUGUUUGGAUUGGUUUUGUAUAGUCUGGAUCGCCUGUACUGUGCUGUGGAGAGGCAUGCAAAGGCAACCGGUGAAUACCAAUGUUUGAGGCAGGAUAUUAUUGAUCUAGCGAAGCCAGGCCUUCAAACUGCCUACAAGCUCACUAUUACAUCACGCAUGGAACGGGUCUAUGACUGCUUGCUUCCUUCAUCAAAACGUUAAUAGCUUUGCAACCCUGUGUGUGUGCUUUACUUGCAAGACGACUGAAUAGGGAAAUGGUGUCCUUUCUUGCAAUAUUCUUCUAGGAGAUGCUAAAAUGUUUUUUCCUCUUGGCACAGUUCCAUGUCCACUUGAUUUUGCUCAAUAGGCUACUGAUAUUUCUGCAAUUGCAAUAUCUAUCUUGAUCAAUAUGAUUUUUGGGCAGCACGGAAAAUGCGUAACUCCAGCUUCUUGGGUAUUGAAAUUGAUUGUAGUUAUUGCAAUUCGAAGAGAGUUCAAGCCUGGACUCUAUGCCAGGGUUCUCUUUGAUCUAUUGCGGAGUGGAAAAGUAAAGGCAAAAACACGUUCUCCUUAGAUGUUUUAAUAACUUACACUAUGGAAUGAAUUUCCAAAGGAAGUAGACAAAUUUUGUUUCGCAGGCGGAUGAGUUAGUUUUAUUUUCAGUAAUUUAUUCAUUAAUGUUUGGCUACUCGUACAAUUUAAAAAUUCAAUGUUG